AUGCAUGUGGCUUGGGAAAAAUGUCCAACUACAUGGCGUGGUCAGUUCACUCGAGGAGAUAUAGGUGAACCAACUAUCAUCCUAGAAGCUGUUGCAUCUCAAGAUUUGUGGAUAUGGCAUGCCUUUUUUGGAGUAGCGGGGUCUAACAACGACCUUAAUGUUCUUGGUCAGUCUCCACUUUUCAACGAUAUUUGGACUGGUAAAGCACCUUAUAUGACGUUCACGGUAAACGGGCACGCGUACAAAUACGAUUACUACCUUGGUGAUGCGAUAUACCUGGAUUAUUCUACAUUGAUGAAUGCAUACUCGGUUCCUCGAAAUGAAAAAGCAAAAUUUUUUACCAAAAAACAGGAAUCGGCGAGAAAGGAUAUCGAGAGGGCAUUUGGAGUCCUUAAGCAAACAUGA